UUGAAGGCAUUGAGUUCCAAUGGAUACCAAGGGAAUAUAACAAGGCAGCAGAUAAAAUGGCAAAGCAAAGACUUCUACCUUCAAAAAAAUUACGAUUCUACUAUUAUGUUCCCCAUUGUAUAACUCAUCUUCUACAUGAAGAUCAUGUAAACUCUCAUUCAAAUUAAUCAAAGAAAGAAGUUAUAAAAAAAACUAAAAUAAAUCGAAUGUAAUACCAAUUUUAAUGUAAUCGGAUUGCAUCAAACUAAACCGAAUUAGGAAUGUUUUGUUUGGUUUUAUUUUCCAUAAACCCAAAAAAAUAUAUAUAUCAGAACCGAAACCAACUACAAACCGGAAUUCCACAAGAAAACGUGAAAAUACAAAAAAAAAAGGGGUAUUUGAAAAUAAUGAAAGUUUGUAAGGUUUCUAACAUAACCUAAGCCUGUCCGAAGAUGAACCACAUAUAAAAAGACGUAUCCGUAUGUCCAUUGUAGUAACGAAGAAAAGAACCAAAUAAAAAAUCCGCCGUCAUGGAAGCAGCUCUGAGAAUCUUCACGCUAUCGUUCCUUCUCAGUCUCCUCUCCGCUAAUCCUGACGUCAUCGAUUCUCGUUCCCGACCUAAUCUCGCUCCUGGACAAGUUGGGAAGUUUCCACCGUCGUGUAACCGAAUCGAGUGUCCGAGCUACGAGUUGGUCAACUCCGGUAACGGCUACGAGAUUCGCCGUUACAAUACUACCGUCUGGAUUUCAACAGAACCCAUUAAAGAUGCCUCUCUCGUCAAAGCUACACGAACCAGUUUUAGCCAAUUGUUCGGUUACAUUCAAGGGAAUAACGACUAUCACCAGAAGAUAGAGAUGACGGCUCCGGUUAUCGCUCAAGUCUCUCCGAGCAACGGUCCUUUAUGUGAAUCCUCCUUCACUGUAUCAUUCUACGUUCCUAAACAAAACCAACCUGAUCCAGCUCCGGCCAAGAACCUACAUGUACAGAGAUGGGACACGAGGUAUGUUGCCGUGAAGCAAUUCGGGGGAUACGUGUCGGAUGACAGUGUCGGAGAAGAAGCGGCGGAGCUGGAGGAGAGCCUAAAAGGUACCGUAUGGGGCAAGGCAAUUGCUAAAAGCCGAGAAGCAGGCGGCCUUGGAUCGACUUCUGCUUACACUGUAGCGCAGUACAACUCACCGUUCGAGUUCUUGGGUCGGGUCAAUGAGAUUUGGUUGCCUUUUCAGAUGGACAAAUGAAAAAAAAGCUCUUAAUAUCGUUUCUCGGUGAACAAGAAUUAUUUUCGUAAAUUAUGUGUUUUAAUAAAAAAAACUUUUUUCAUGAAUUAUUUUCGUAAUUUACGUACAAAUUCUUUGAUAAUAAUCUUUAGACCAUGAUUAACCUCAAUCUCUUAACUUCGGUUAAGAGAUGUAAUAGCCGUUUCUGAAAAGUGUAAAAAAAUUAAAAAAACAAAAAAUGUCAAAUCAUUGAAUUAAGAAUCGGGCUAAAAAACCAGGGUUAUUCAUGCCCUUAGGGAACCACCGAACGACAUUGUUGUUUGUGACUCGUCGGUUCCAGGACAGCAGGAAGUACCGAGUCUCGGUUUGGUAAAGAACGUAACGUUCUACAAACAUUUUUCAUGAAUUAUUUUUGUAAUUUAUGUACAUUCUUUGGUAGUAAUCCUUAGAGAACGACUGAACGUGUUUUUUUUUUAUAAGUAUGUGAAUUUCAUUAGCAAAGUAAUGAAACAAUGUGAUACAAUCAGUUUUGAUUAAAUAAAAACCUAAUAGAACUAACUAAACACAUCAAAAUAGUCUGAGACCUCAAAAAAAGGUAAAAAAGACCAUCGAGAAGACAAAAGGUUCGAUCAAUAUCUAAUGGAUGUGAUCAAAGCUUAACUAUAUUUAUGUAAUCAUCAACAGCCAUUCGAGUUUCGGUUGAUCCGAGUAGAGACUUGAUACUGAAACCUGCAUCAAGGAACAAAGAUCAAUAGAGAUCACAGCCGGAGAACGGUCCGACGCACCGCGGUCCAUCCUGAAGGCGACUCCGAAACGGAGAACAGGCGAAGCAGGGUUGGGAAUGUCCUGGUCCAGCCAUUACGCCCGAUGAAGUCCACUCCAGACGCUGAAACACUCCAGAAGACGAUAGUCGACUCCCUGUGAAUCCAAACCGAAGAAAAGAAGCCAGCAGGUUAAGCACCGGUGAACGACAUUGUUGUUUGUGACUCAUCUGUUGCAGGGAGUACCGAGUCUCGGUUUGGUAGAGAACAUUCUACAAGCAACCGUGUUUAUUUUGUGGUGGAGUUUGUCGAAGAUAACAACUAAAAAACUUGUAAUUCAAAUAUUUCGUGUCAAAAUUAUAUGUUCUUCUGGCUCAUUAGUUCUAAGAGAUUUGAUUAAGAUAACUAUAUAAAUAAUCAAAUCCAAAAUAUAUAUGAUGUUACCAUGAGAAUGAGAGAAAGAUGUAUAGGUGUUUAAAAGAGACAAUUAAAAUCUCAUAGUUUUUCAAAUUUUCUGAGGAUGUCGUGAGUUUAACUUCAGAUUAACAUUUUAUAUAUUCUGGAUAUGGUAGGAUUAACUUCGUAUAUUAAAUAUCUAAUGUCUUUUAAUGCAAUAUCUUUUAGGAUUUUUUAUAUAUGGGAUAGAUUUGAGUUUUUUUGUCUCGGAUUUGAAUUUGGAUUAUCAAGAUAUUAUACUCAGUCUGCAGGCCACUUGAUACGAACAUGUCAGACUUUAGGGUCUACUAACUUGUGUACCAUCUUCUUUAAGAUUCGAAUCAUCUUUUUGUGGGACCAGCUUUUCAUAGUGUACGCACUCACUGUACUGCAUGAGUAUAUCACAAAGUUCCAUGUAAACAAUUUUUCUCAAAACUUAUUUUCUUAUGAAACAAAAUAUAAUAGUUUUUAAUUUUUUUUGAAAGAGAGUAUAUUGAUCGUGGAUUUUAUUUUUGAGAAUCUUAGAAUAAAAAUCCAUCUAAAGUUUUGUUAAAUAGCACAAAAGUUUUGCAUCUUCAAGAAGCUAAAACAUGCCUAACUUCGGUUUUCUAUGCUACGUUCGGUCAUCCAAAUAAAAUAGUUGUAGAAUGUUAUAAAAGAAACUAACAACAGCUGAUGUCAAAAAAAAAAAAAGAAACUAACAACAGCUUUUUU